AUGACUGGUGGCAAGACAAAGGCAGCAUACCACUGGGCCAUAUGUGUCACACUGUUCAAGAACCAUCCAGACUAUCAUACACCAUUCUCAAUGUCCGAGAUCACAUGCAAGUACAUGGACGAAAUGGGCGAGACAGGUGCGGGCAUAACUCGAGAAGACGAGAUUAAUAUGGAUGUAAAAAAUUCAUUUACAACAAAGUGGGGUGUGUACCUCUAUGACAACCAGCUACCUACCGUUCAACAUUUUUUCAUGCCAGCAAUUAUUAAAGAAGCAUGCCCAUGGUUCUUCGACAUGUGGGAGAUUAUAGCUGAGCGCCCAAAUCAAGUUCCCGUUGGUCUCGGGCCAGUCAGAUGGACUAUGACAUCUCCGAACCCAAUAGCAUUGGCGAUGAGUGGAGAAAGGCAGGGUAAGAGUAGUGUUACAGGUCUCAAAACGAGCCCACAACCUGGGAUGUCCAAACCUGCCACCACUAAGGCCCCAAAGAAUCCAGUGAAGAGACGAAAGAAAGAUGAAUUUGCCAAGAUUGCACAAGCAGAGGAAGUGACUAGACAGAAAGAGCUUGAAGUGGCCAAGUUGGCAAAGCUUGAGUUGGAGAAGGAAAAAGUUGGCCUAUGCAAGGGAGCGGUGACAAGAGAAGAUGAGAAUGUGCCUUACUACUAUGGAAGGAACGAGCCAACAUCAUGGAUUCCCCGAAUUCAACAUGCACAAUACCUUUCCCAGUCCUUCGAGCAGUUCUCACCCACACUUGCCAUAUCCACUAACUUCUGCAUAUUAUCAGACACCCUCAUCACCUGCCGCUGA